UACUACAAAACCCAGAAAGCAGCGCAAGUUCCCCACGGCCAAUAGGAAUCCCCCAUGUAGCGCGGCGCGGAGCCCGGCUCUCGCAACUCAAGAUGGCGGACGAGAGUGAGACAGCAGUGAAGCCGCCGGCACCUCAGCUGCCGCGGAUGAUGGAAGGGAACGGAACCGGCCAUGAUCACUGCAGCGAUUGUGAGAACGAGGAGGACAACAGCUACAACCGGGGUGGUUUGAGUCCAGCCAAUGACACUGGAGCCAAAAAAAAGAAAAAGAAACAAAAAAAGAAGAAAGAAAAAGGCAGUGAGACGGAUUCAACCCAGGAUCAGCCUGUGAAGAUGAACUCUUUGCCAGCAGAGAGGAUCCAGGAAAUACAGAAGGCCAUUGAACUGUUUUCAGUGGGCCAAGGACCUGCCAAAACCAUGGAGGAGGCUAGCAAGCGAAGCUCAUUCUGGGAUACACAGCCCAGCCCGUCCCUAAACUGGGUGGUGAACACCCAUGGUCCUGUGGAGCCUGACAAAGACAAUAUCCGCCAGGAGCCCUAUACCCUGCCCCAGGGCUUCACCUGGGAUGCCUUGGACCUGGGGGACCGUGGUGUGCUGAAAGAACUGUACACACUCCUGAAUGAGAACUAUGUGGAAGAUGAUGACAACAUGUUCCGAUUUGAUUAUUCCCCGGAAUUUCUCUUGUGGGCUCUCCGGCCGCCCGGCUGGCUCCCCCAGUGGCACUGCGGGGUUCGAGUGGUCUCAAGUCGAAAACUGGUUGGGUUCAUUAGCGCCAUCCCAGCAAACAUCCAUAUCUAUGACACAGAGAAGAAGAUGGUAGAAAUCAACUUCCUGUGUGUUCAUAAGAAACUGCGCUCCAAAAGAGUGGCUCCGGUCUUGAUCCGCGAGAUAACCCGGCGAGUUCACCUAGAGGGCAUUUUUCAAGCUGUUUACACUGCCGGGGUGGUCCUGCCAAAGCCUGUUGGCACCUGCAGGUACUGGCAUCGGUCCCUAAACCCACGGAAGCUGAUUGAAGUGAAGUUCUCCCACCUGAGCAGAAAUAUGACCAUGCAGCGUACCAUGAAGCUCUACCGACUGCCAGAGGCUCCCAAGACAGCUGGGCUGCGACCAAUGGAAAAAAAGGACAUUCCAGUAGUACACCAGCUCCUCACCAGGUACUUGAAGCAGUUUCACCUCACACCGGUCAUGAGCCAGGAGGAGGUGGAGCAUUGGUUCUACCCCCAGGAGAACAUCAUCGACACUUUCGUGGUGGAGAAUGCAAACGGGGAGGUGACGGACUUCCUGAGCUUUUACACGCUUCCCUCCACCAUCAUGAACCAUCCAACCCACAAGAGUCUAAAAGCUGCUUAUUCUUUUUACAACGUUCACACCCAGACCCCUCUUCUAGACCUCAUGAGUGACGCCCUUGUUCUCGCCAAAAUGAAAGGGUUUGAUGUGUUCAAUGCACUGGAUCUCAUGGAGAACAAAACCUUCCUGGAGAAGCUCAAGUUUGGCAUAGGGGAUGGCAACCUGCAGUAUUACCUUUACAAUUGGAAAUGCCCCAGCAUGGGGGCAGAAAAGGUUGGGCUGGUGUUACAGUAACCGGUUGCCAGUGAGAUUCUGGAUAAAGCCACUGAGAAUUUAAACCAGGAAAUGGAACCCUACCACAUGUUGGUCCAAUUGUCACAAACGUGAGAAUCCCUGGCAAAGGGAAGAGAACUGAACCGGCUUUACCAAACCGCCAGCGGACUUGACAGUUGUAUUGCAAUGGCGUAGGCUGCGUGAUGUCACCUCUGGCCGUGUCUCUGGUCUCCCUGUUUUCCAAUUAAUCACAUUCUCAUGCAGCCGUGAUCAAGGGAAUGUAACUGCUGAAAAGUAGCUCGUGAUUGGCAUAUUAUGGAGUUAACGGGUGAAUAAUAAAAGUAUAUAUAUAUUAUAUAUAUAUAUAAA